AUAUAUAUAACCCUGAGCGUCUCUUUACUCUUGCCUUGCUCAGUGUCUCUCAGGGACCCUCAGCCUCCUCUCCCUCUGCGGCCUCCUCCUCUGUGCAGACCACAUUUUGCACUCACAACAAGCAAGAACCAUGGCCCAGCAGCAGCAGUAUAGCCUCCCAGCUAAGCUGAUCAAUGGAGGGAUUGCAGGACUGGUGGGAGUCACCUGUGUGUUCCCCAUCGACUUGGCCAAGACUCGGCUGCAGAACCAACGCAGCGGGCAGCAACUUUACAAGAACAUGAUGGAUUGCCUUAUAAAGACGGUUAAAUCUGAAGGCUACUUUGGCAUGUAUAGAGGUGCUGCAGUAAACCUCACCUUGGUAACCCCUGAGAAGGCCAUCAAACUGGCAGCUAAUGACUUCUUCCGCCACCAAUUAAGCAAAGACGGUGGCAGGUUGACUGUCUUUAAGGAAAUGUUGGCAGGAUGCUGUGCAGGCAUGUGUCAGGUCAUCAUCACUACCCCAAUGGAGAUGCUGAAGAUUCAGCUGCAGGACGCUGGCAGACUAGCGGCCCAGCAGAGGGUGAUACCCAGUGUGGCGACAACUCUGAAAAUGGGAGGGACCAGCGCUGUACUAAGUCGUUCCUACAACACCAGCCCCGGGGCUCAAGUCAUGCGUGUGUCGGCCACACAGAUCACCAGAGAGCUGCUGAGGACAAAAGGAGUCACAGGACUGUACAGGGGACUCGGAGCCACAUUGAUGAGGGACAUCCCAUUUUCUGUUGUGUACUUUCCACUUUUUGCUCAUCUACACCAGCUAGGCCAGCGUUCGUCUGAAGACUCAUCUGUGCCCUUCUAUUGGUCCUUCAUGUCCGGCUGCUUUGCUGGAUGCAUUGCUGCUGUGGCCGUCAGUCCUUGUGAUGUGGUCAAGACAAGGUUACAAUCACUCAGAAAAGGUGCUAAUGAAGAAACCUACAAUGGAGUGGUGGACUGUGUCAGAAAAAUCCUAAGAAAGGAGGGUCCUGGAGCAUUUCUCAAGGGUGCAAGUUGCCGCGCCCUGGUUAUUGCCCCGCUCUUUGGAAUUGCCCAGGUUAUGUACUUUGUUGGAGUUGGAGAGUUCCUGCUGGGUUAUACUCCCUAUAACAUCUACUCUGCAUAAAAACACUGUUCCUAGUCUUUAAGUGGCCUCAUUAAAUGAAAGGCAGCUCUUUGUAACCGUGUACCUUCUUUAUUGUUGGAGGGUUUCAGACUUAGAGGCUGAUGAGACUGCAUAGUUACCAUUUAAAAGAAAAUGCUUUUAUUCAUUCAGCAUGACUAACACAACAUUGUUGUUAUUUCAGAGACUGAAAUGGAAACUUUCCUGUAUAUUUGAGUUUAUCUUUCUGUAUAGCCCCUAUCCCUAAAUGUGCACAUAUCAAUUUCGCUUCAACACAACCCUAACUGCCCUAUCCCUUCCAAUGGCUCCAUUUGGUUAUCAUUGGCUGUUGGCUGUUGGUGUUGCAAAAGGAUGUUUUUGUACAAAGAGGGAUCUAACAAGAAAAGCUAGAAACGUUACUUGAAAAGCUUAAAUCCUGUUACAAAGGGUUACAUGGGAAACUCUGAUGGGGACGUUGUUGUCUAUGUACAUAGUGUAUUUAUUUGUAAGUAUCUGAUGAACAACGUUUAUCACAAGAUGGUUUUUAUAUUGGACAAGUUAUGAAAAACGGUUCAGGUGGUCAUAGCUUUUGAAUGGUAGAAACAACCUGACCUUCUGUCCUAAGGUGUACCACAGGGGUCCUGUUUUGUAUAACUUUCUUUUGCAAUCAGGGCAUUUAUGUGCUUCUGAAAUGGAUGCCUCCAUAUCUGCACUGCUUUAUAGUUAUUCACAAGUAUGUUGCUGACCAUUCUGGCUUUCUGUUGUGUUGAGGUUUAGGUGUUUAAAGCUUAUUAAGCUGAACAGCUCAGAAAUGGGGCACACAACUGCUAAGCUAUCCCAAUGACAUUUUUUUAGGAGAGGAAAUGUUGCUUGUUGGUUAAAAACUGAACUGAUGGUGGAAGAGACUGUAUUAGCAGGUUUCUUGUGCUUUUGGGACCAAGUCUUCUCAAAAUGUGCAACAUGACUUAUGAGCAGUCAAUUUCUCCAAGUUGACUGUGGUUUGUAAUGACAAAUGAGAAUUUCUUGACAGUUUAGGUACACAGAAAUGCAUAUGACAGCAUUAUUUUAGACAUUUAGAAGCUGCACUCUCCUCUGGUUAAAUUUCAACGUCAUGGUCAUUUAAAUACCUUUAUCAAUGUAAAUAUUUAUUGUUUUUUUUAUUUUCACCAAACUGUAAAAGUUGCGAACACAAAUGGAAAUCAGUUUUGACAUCUGGAUGUGCUGAAGGUAUGAAGUUGAGAAGAAAAUUGUUUAUUUUUCAUGAAUUGAACGAUGCAUGUAAAUAUUUUACUCUUAAUAAAGAACAUAAAUACAG